UUGGUUGAUCUCUUUAUUAUAUCCACACCUUCUGGAAAUUAUACCAAACCUUUUUCUAUGUUUAACACGCCUUAAUUAGCAUUUUUAUAACUCAUCAAUGUCAUCUAGCUAGAUUUUCACUCCUCUCUCCACUUAUAUAAUUGUUUGUGCAAACAUCAUCAUAAUAUAAUUCACACACCAAUCCAACUAUAUCUCAUGGGAACCCUUUACCAAGAGCAGGCCCCCACUCCUCUUCUCCAAGACCUCAAGAUCACUAUCCAUGACACUUUUCUGAUUUUUCCAUCCCAAAGAACUCUAAAAAAAUCCAUCUUCUUGUCUAAUAUAGACCAAGUGCUCAAUUUCAAUGUCCAGACACUUCAUUUUUUUCCAUCCCACAAAGAUUUUCCUCCUCAUCUGGUGGCAGAUAAACUCAAGGUUACUCUUGAAAAAUUGCUGCUGACAUAUGAUUUCUUGGCUGGAAGAUUGAAGGUGAACCCUGAAACGGGUCGUUUAGAGAUUGAUUGUAACGCCGCUGGAGCUGGGUUUGUGGUGGCAUCUAGCGAUUGUAGCCUGGACGAGGUUGGAGACUUGGUUUAUCCAAAUCCUGCCUUUGGCCAACUCAUUCUCCAGACCAUGGAUAUCCUGGGCAAUGAGGAUCAACCGCUAUGCAUUUUUCAGGUGACAUCAUUUAGGUGUGGUGGCUUCGCAAUCGGCAUAUCGACAAACCAUGUCACAUUUGAUGGACUAAGCUUCAAAACCUUCUUAGACAACUUGGCCGCCGUAGCUGCCGGGGAGCCUUUAGCCGUUGUACCAUGCAAAGACCGUCAACUCCUCGCUGCUCGAUGCCCACCACGCGUCAGCUUCCCUCAUCCAGAGCUGCUCAAACUCAACAUUCCCCUAGCCCAAGAAUUAAAUGCUUCAGUGUUCGACCUCUCCAAAGAAGCACUAGACUUCAAGAUUUUCCGGUUAACUUCAACUGAAAUCUCCAAUCUGAAAGAGAAGGUCAAGGUCCAUAAUGUCACUGGAGGUGUCCGCAUCUCAAGCUUUAACUUGGUGACUGCUCACAUUUGGAGGUGCAAGGCGUUGUCCUAUGAAGAAGAAGGAGGAGGAGGGGAGGAUCUAGAAAGGGUAUCGACCAUUCUUUACGCGGUGAAUAUUAGGCCAAGACUGGCACCUCCUUUGCCAGCUUCAUACGCUGGAAAUGCAGUGUUAACAGCAUAUGCAAGUGCAAAGUGCAGGGAACUUGAAGAAGGACCACUUUCAAGAUUGGUGGAGAUGGUAGGAGAAGGGGCAAAGAGAAUGACUGAUGAGUAUGCAAGAUCUGUCAUAGAUUGGGGUGAGAUAAACAGAGGUUUCCCACAUGGGGAGUUCUUGGUAUCAUCGUGGUGGAGGUUAGGGUUUGAGGAAGUGAAGUAUCCAUGGGGUUGCCCAAGGUAUAGUUGCCCACUUGUGUAUCACAGGAAAGACAUUAUCUUGCUGUUUCCUGAUACUAUUGACAAGAAUGGGGUGAAUGUUUUGGUGGCCUUACCAAGCAAGCAAAUGGGGAAGUUUGAAAUCUUGUUCCACAAAUUCUUGUCCACUUGAAGCCCCAGAUGAUCUUCUGGCAGUGGGUUGUGUCACCAGUCUGAGUCGCGUGUGUUUAAAAAUGGGAAUAAAAAGGAAAUUAAAACUAAAGCCUAGCUUACUGUUGACUGCUACAACCAGUGAAUUUGAGACUGUGUUCCAUUUCUAUCCUUGUGUAAAUUCUCUAUUUGUCUUCAUAUUUUUUAACUCAAUCACUUCUCAAGGACAAAUAAGCCAAACCAAGUUCCAUUUA